AUGAAUAUACCAGGAUCUGCUGUCGAUGCACUCAUUGUCGGUGCUGGCCUCAGUGGCGCCUACGCUGCCAAUCGAUUGCUUGCUGCCAAUCGGAGUGUGACCGUCUUGGAUGCCCGUCAUCGAAUUGGCGGUCGUCUGCUGACGCCAGAAGGUGGAGGAGAUCUUGGCGGUGCUUGGAUCUGGCCCCGAUCCGAAUACACCAUCAAGACGGCCUUACAAGAAUUUAACAUCCGGACGGUUCCCAUGUGGUACGAAGGUUCAGUCAAUGUCCGAGUGCAAAAUGGGCAACAUCAUUUGGUUGACGACUACGCGGGCAAUUAUGCGGCCUGUGGCACUGGUGCGGUCCGAGUGGCUGGUGGGGCCUCAACGUUUGUAGAAAAACUGUUGGAGGAGAAACCCAAACUAAAGGUGGAAUUAGGCAAAAAAGUGGUCAAGAUUGAAUACGACGACGAUGGAGCCCAAGUGCAUUAUCAAGAUUCGUCGUCCACCAGUGGUGGCGAGACUAGUACCGUUCACUGCCGUACUGUCAUUUUGGCUGGACCUCCCAAAGUAUUGGCCGAUACCAUUGAGUUUAUUCCUCCGUUGCCACAAGAAAAAUUGGACAGCAUGAAGGCAACUCCCACUUGGAUGGAAGAUUAUGGCAAAGUUUCCAUAUCCUUCCCAUCCAAUUGGUGGCGGGAUCUGGACAUGAGUGCCAUUUCCAUUGAUCAGCUAGGGGACGUACAAACAUGGUGGGAAGCAUGUAGUGGAGAUGAUGGAGAUGGUUCUAGGCCCACCCUUGCCGGAUUCGUGACUGCCAAAGGUGCUAGUAGUUUGGGGAAUUUCGUCACGAACAGCAAAUCCGAUGAAUUGUUUGAUCACAUUUUGGGAGCAAUCAUGCAGGUCUAUGCUGUGGACAAGAAGAAGCUAGGAUUCGAUGAAGCGACUUGUUCAAAUACAGAAAUAUCAGGAAGCCCUGGCGAAGAUGGAUUGAUUGUUUCCAAGGGUGGCAUUACAGUAUCGUACAAGAGCUGGAAGGAGGAUCCAUAUGUCAAACCACAAAGACAAGAGUCAUCUAGUUACUAUCAAACAAGUUAUGGAGAUAAGAAAUUGCAACAAAAUGUUGGUCCUCUUUUUUUUGCUGGAUGCGAAGUUGCCUACGGGUCUGGUCACAUGGACUCGGCCAUCGUAUCAGCACAACGGGCGUAUGAAGCAGCAGAUGCACACCUUGGAAAGACCAAAUAA